UAUUUUGCAUGGAGGAGCUCCGGGAGUUGUGCCAAUCCGGCAAGGAUGUGAAGCUGGGCGACGCGGAGGCAUGGGAGGAUCCAUCACAACUCGCAAUGGCCAAGCAAAUACUAGAAGAACACUUCUAUGUUCAAAAUCUCCAGGAUCCAUCCCUCUUCGUCGUGCCCAAGACCACGAUUUCUGCUGGAUCCCCUUCCUCUAUCCUCUUCCCUGCUUCCAUUCCCCAAAUCGAGUACACGGCACCGACACAAUCCUCGGGCAAUCGUAAUGCCGGGCAUCCAAACUACCGCCUCGUCUAUGGCGAUGGACCGUCGUGGCACCCGUGCCAUUGCAUCCAGCUGGCCCCCCAACCCCACCCACGCAUCCAGAUCCCGGCCGCGAUCCAUCACAAACUCCGCGAACAGCGCGUGGCAAUCAAACUGGUGAUCGCGCCCAGCGUCCGGAUCACCCCUGCCAAUGUGGACGUGGAGCUCCGCAUCAAGACCCUAUCGGUGAGCGUCAUGGACGCGCUCAAGAACGAGACGGCGCUGGGCUUCUACCCCUGCCGGAUUAGAUUCUCGAUCGAGCCACUGCUGGGCGAUCCCAGCGCCGUCGCGAUCCCGCUCUACACGCCCAGGACCGAAGGCGGUGGUGGAUCUAGCAGCGGGGCUAGCACGAGGACAGGGAGCAGUGGUAAGAAGAUCGGCGUCCAGAUUGGAUUUGGGCCCCUGUCGAUCAGUGGCGAGAGGAGCUGGGGGGUGGGAUUCGAAGAAUCGACGGAGAGGGAGACGAUCAGUGCUGGGGAUUGGGAGGGCGUGGAGGAUGAAAUGGGGUCCGGGAACACGGCGGUGUUUGAGUGGAGGCUUUUGCGAUGGAGCCACAAUGGGGUGAGGUACAAUGCUGACAAUCCACACUCUGGAUUGAGCUUGUCUACCAAGUCUCUUAAGACCCCAUUUCCAGGAGGAAUCACAGGAAUCAAAGUGGAAAGCUUUCCAGGCGUCAUGUGGCAUCUCCACCCAAGCAUGAGAUCCAAAUUUCCGCUCCAUUUCAGGUUCCAGUUGGAGGUGGAAAUGCAUCUGCUGUGGUUCGUGGGAAAGAAUCGACUGUUCCGAGUGGCCGAGUGGGGAAGAGAGGCGUUCCAGUUUUGUCACGAGUUUGAAGUCACAGAUGGUGUAAACUCCAUUGUCACCUGAAAAUGGCAUAUACUGGAAUGUCAUUGCUUAUAAAUUUUAAGGCUGUGAAAUUUCUUUC